AUGCCACAGAGUCUGCAAGACCUAAAGAGGUUGUCGGAAGACGAGCAGCUUCAUAGAUACGUUCGAGAGCUGGAGUUUGGCCCAGAGAUAUUGAACACGAAUCUGGAAGUGGACCUUCAAUACAUCAAGGAGCAAGGGGAGGAGCCUUCUACCGGUUAUCCACAUCCUGAGAGCUACAUUUACGUGGAUUCUGCCCGCCCAAUUUGGCCGAUAGUCAAGCUUCCAAGACCGCUGCGUGAAGGUGUUACCAGCAGAGACUCAGAGUCAGCAAUGGUUGUUCGAUGGAACAAGCGAGGUAGUUAUGGUCGCUGGCUUCAAAGAUACGGAGAUACACUGAAAAGAUUAGUUGAACGCCAAAACCACUUUCGAGCUGGAACCGGAUAUCUCCGAGAAGCCAUUAUAAAGUUCCCGGCACUGAACAGCAUCAAGAUCAAUCCUCGUCCAGUAGGUAAUUACUACGAGCAGCGCUUUGCUGAAAUCAUAAAACGGAGUAGGGGUACCACGCCGCUCUUCCGCGAACUUGGAGCACAUGAGCUCGAAUUAACGACCGACACCGCUCCGUACGGUUCAGAGUCCAUCUUGGAGUUCAGCCUUGACGGUCUUCUCUUCAUGGAGUAUUACGCAGAGAUCAACAUGCUGGAAAACCUCUUCAAUGUCUUGAGCUCGGUUGACUUGGGCAAGUUUACUGUUGAUCUGACGAUCACCGCAGCGAACCUUCUAUCUAAUGGCAAGGUCUUUGACAUCAGUCACAGAACUUGGACAGCCAUGGCCCCCCGUGUACGAAGCCUCACGUUCGACUUCGCAAUGAGCGACAUGAAGAUCUACCAAGUUCCCCCACUGUUAACAUGGAUAGCCGAGAUGGUACAACCCACCCGUGCGGUCGAACACUUUUUCUGCCGCAAUCUCUUCUUCGGGCACUUUGUAUUGCGAAAAGUCUUCGCGCAAUCCUCUUGGGCAAGUCUUCGAACGCUGCAUCUCUUCCGAUGUAAAGCCCAUAGCCGCGAUUUGCUCGGAAUGUUCCUUCGUCAUCGUUCAACUCUGGAAGAUGUAAGUUUGUCAUGCGUCACGACUACUGGUAUGAGCGCAACAUCCUGGAAGAACAUACUUGUUCUAAUGAAGGGCAUGGAUCAACUUGAUCGUGUCACGCUGGAUCGGCUCGAACUACAGGGUGCUAUUGACAUGUCUAGCCUCUUGUCGCACCCUUGGAACUCCAAACCAUCCACAUGUUAUUGCUUGAAGGCAAAAGGGCACGGGAAAAUCCGUCACAUGCUACUUGUCGCGACAGAGUGCAUCAUACUUAUUCCAGGUCGGAAAUCUACGGUUUGCGAAGUGCAUUUUCGGACAUUGCAACUUAACCAAGAGUACCUAGGGCAGAGCUCAGUGGGGUCUUGGCAAAGCUCGUCCACAGACCUGUCUUAG